AUGAAACUAUACGCCAUUUGCUUCUCUAUCAAGUGGCCCAGAUCUCGUCGCGAUUGUCUGUUCGUCCCUGGUGAUGAGGUCGAGGUCUUGAAACGACUUCGUGGCUGGUCAGCCUUGCCUGUAUGCAGAUGCAGCAGGGAGCAUCACCGACGAACGACAAUUUCACGCCCAACGUUGGACGAGACCAUAGUUGUCUUAAAAGAGGAACUAAUACAGGUUAAUCCGCUGUCAUUCGCCAGGUGCGGCUGUGGACCCUGA